CUUUGGUUGGGGAUCAACCGGAAUGGUUAAAUUUUCAUGCUUUGCUUCACCUCUCCACCACCAGAAAUCAAAGAAAGCCACUCAACAACCUGAUGGAGCAACGCACAGUUACUCUAAAGUAAUUUCUCAAGAUAAAGGGCUGAAAACUUCUACCGCCUCUGUUGAUUCAAAAGCAAAGAUAGAAUUUAAGAACGCCUCUAGUAGCAGUGCAGAGCUAAUUACAAUUCCAUCUUCAUUUGAAAGCUGCCAGAAAUCAGGAGAUUUGCAAAGUGGUUCUUGUGUUGAGGGUAGCAGUAGUGAGUUUAUUCUGAUGGGGGGCCUUAAGAAAAGUGUGUCUGUAGGAAAUGUAUUAGAUAAAGAAAGAAAUUUUUCUUAUGAUGAUAUCACAGAGGAUGAAGCUCGAAGCCCGGAAAGGAUCAUGGACAGACAUAUUGAUUCAUCACGUCACACUGAUUCUGCUGAAUCAAACGAGCAUGGAGAUUUUGCUGCUGCACACAAUCAGCAUGAAUUCCUUUUCUCUGUGGGAGUUAUGAAGCAUCUUGAUGGGGAUAUACCUGAUCAUUCAUGUGAACACUCUGCAAACCAUUCUAUUGAGUCCCCACACUUGUCAGCAGAUACCCCAACUGGCCUUGUGAAAUCACGUUCUCUAACAAACCUCCGGGUGGAUUCAGAUAGCUCCACUGAUGCUGCUUUUGCUUCAAGAAUUGACGUGUACCACGUUCAAAAAUCUUUUUGA